AUGCAAUUGAAAUAUUUGCGCACCUUGCUGGAGGGACAGGAGCAAAUGCAGCGCAUAGCAGGCCUAGCCUGGUCGCCCAAUCAACAGAAAUUGGCAAUCGCCACUGCGGACCGUCAUAUCCUUCUCUACGACGAUGCUGGCGAACGUCGUGACAAGUUCUCAACGAAGCCCGCAAAUCCAGCCAAUGGCAAAAGCUCUUAUGUCAUCCGGGGUAUCGCCUUCAGCCCCGACUCCACCAAACUGGCGGUGGGACAAAGCGACAGCAUUGUCUACGUUUACAAGCUGGGGGAGACGUGGAACGAUAAGAAAGUCAUUUGCAAUAAAUUUCCGCAGGCGAAUGCGGUGACAGCAUUGAUUUGGCUAUCGACAGGUGCCAUCAUAGCGGGGCUCGACGAUGGAAAGGUGCGUGCUCUCCACUGCAAAAGCAACAAAACCCAGAGCCUCUACAGUGGAGACAGCAUUUGUAUCUCCCUGACUGCCAAUACCAAGGGCAAUGGGUUUCUUUCUGGCCACAACGAUGGCACCAUUAUACGCUACUUUGUCACAGACGAGGCAAGUGAGUCCUUUGGCCGCAUCGUACAGCAUCCUGUGCCGCCUUUUGCGCUAGCCUGGCCUCAAGGCGGCUUCUGUGUGGGCGGCUGUGAUCAGCGCAUUGUCUUCUACGACAGCAUGGGUCGUCAGCUGCGCAGCUUCGACUACACCCGCACUGAGGGGGAACGCGAGUUCACGGUGGCUGCGUGCAGUCCCAAUGGGCAGGCCGUGGCCUUUGGCAGCUUCGAUCGCAUACGCGUCUUUGCCUGGAGUCCUCGCUUAGCAGCCUGGAGCGAGAGCGCCAGCAAGGAGAUAAGCUGCCUGUACACAGUUACGGCAUUGCUUUGGCGGCGCGAUGGAGCUCGCCUGGCCAUUGGUUCCGUCACCGGUGCCGUUGUGCUUUUCGAGUCUGUGCUGAAGCGUACGAUAUGGCAGGACAAAUUCGAGCUGAUCUUUGUGGCACCCAGUCAGCUGCUGGUGCGUUCGCUACAGGAGCCCACGGAACAAUUGAUCAUUGAGUCCCAGUUGGGUUUGGAGAUCGACGAUGUGCGCAUCAUGGGGAAGGACAAUUAUCUGGUGGCACGCACCGAGGAGUCACUGAUAUUGUGCGAUCUGACACGGAAUCUAGUUAGCGAAGUGCCUUGGACGGCAUCGGGCCGUCAUGAGCGCUUCUACUUCGAAAAUCCUACGGUGUGCUUGAUCUUCAAUGUUGGGGAACUCAGUCUGGUGGAGUAUGGAGACAACCAUAUAUUGGGCUCUGUGCGCACUGAGUUCGUUAAUCCGCAUGUGAUAUCCGUGCGUCUCAACGAGCGCGGCAAUGGGCGCGAUAACAAGAAGCUUGCCUUCCUCCUGGAUGCCAAGACAAUAUGUGUGGUCGACUUGAUUAGUCAGGUGGUAAUUGGACAGGUCAAUCAUGAGACCAAAAUCGAUUGGAUCGAGCUAAGUGAGACGUCGCACAAGUUGCUGUAUCGCGACAAGAAGCUUCGACUCGUGCUCAUCGACAACUACACUGGCAAGAAGCAGACUCUACUCAACAAUAUCUCAUUCGUCCAGUGGGUGCCGCAGAGCGAUGUGGUGGUGGCCCAAAGCAAUAGCAAUUUGGCCAUUUGGUACAACAUAGAUCUGCCGGAGCACGUGACUAUGCAGAGCAUCCGCGGCGAGGUUAUCGAGGUGCUGCGUGAUAGUGGUCGCACCGUGGUGCGCACACAGGACGGACCUAGUGAGCACACUUAUCAGCUGGACGAGGGUCUUGUUGAGUUCGGUACUGCCGUCAACGAUAGCGAUUUCGGACGGGCUGUGCACUUUCUUGAAUCGCUCGGCGAUAAACCCGCUGCCAAGGCGAUGUGGCAUAAUCUGGCCAUUAUAUCCAUGGAGGAUGGCAAUCUGCGUGUGGCUCAACGCUGCUAUGCUGCCUUGGGCAAUGUAUCCAAGGCCUUUUAUCUGGCUGAGAUGAUACAGCUGGCGGAUAAGUAUGAGGAAGAAACGGGAUCGCCGGGCAUUCUCUGUCCAGAAGUACGCGCAAAGCUAGCAUUGCUUAGCUCCGAUCUACGUUCCGCAGAGCGGAUUUACUUGGAGCAGGGUGACAUUGAGGCGGCACUGGAAAUGUACAAGCAGCUACGGAUGUGGGACGAGGCCGUGAACUUGGCCGAAAAGCGAGGCUACGCUAAAUUGGUGCAGCUCAAGCAAGAGCACAUGGACUUUCUCAUGGGUACCAACCAAGAGGAGAAGGCUGGACAGGUGCUGGAGGAUCAGGGUGAGGUCGAGAAGGCAAUGAAUUUGUUUCUGAAGGCCAAAAAGCCUGCACGAGCAGCACGUCUUGCCCUUAAAGUUCCCCAUCUUUUGGAUGAUCAGCCGCUCAUGCUGAAGGUCACUGAGGGUCUUGUGAAUUGCGAACUCUACGAAAUGGCCGGUGAUAUUGCCCAAAAAUUGGAUCGUCCCGAAGCUGCGCUGGCCUUGUAUCGCAAAGGUGGAGCCUACGCCAGAGCACUGGAUCUGGCUCGUCAAGUCUCCCCAGAUGAAGUUACUAUGCUGGAGGAGGAAUGGGGCGACUGGCUGGUGGGUCGAAAGCAGCUUGACGCAUCCAUUAAUCAUUAUAUCGAGGCGGGUGCCACACAGAAGGCGUUAGAUGCAGCUGUGGGUGCAAAACAAUGGCGCAAAGCUGUACAGAUUGCAAAAGUUUUGGAUGAGCCCGAAGAGAUACAACGCUAUGCCUUAGAUUUAUCGAAGCACCUGGCCUUUGCAGGUGACUUAGAGGGUGCCGAGGAUUUGCUGGUGCGCGCUAAUCUCUUCAAAGAUGCCAUUGAGCUGCUGAAUCGUCAUGGCAAAUGGGAACGAGCCUACUCCAUAGGCGAGAAAUACCUGAAAGCCGAGGAAAUGCGUAAUCUUUUCGUCAACCUAGCUGCUAGCCUGGAGGAGCAAGGCAAGUAUCGAGAUGCUGAGAAGGUUCUAAUCGCGGUCAAUGAGCCCGAUCUGGCUAUAUCCAUGUACAAGCGGCGAGAGCUCUACGACUCCAUGAUACGUUUAGUCGAGCGCUAUCACAAGGACCUGCUGGACAGCACUCAUUUGCAUCUGGCACGUCAGUUGGAGUCGCGCGGAAAAUUCAAGAAUGCCGAACUACAUUUCCUACACUCUGGAGAUUGGAAGUCGGCCGUGCAUAUGUACUGCUCGUCGGGUCGUUGGGAGGAUGGGUAUCGUGUCGCCAAGCAGAAAGGCACCGAGGGCGCUAGCCAUCAAGUGGCCUACAUGUGGGCGAAAUCCAUGCCAGUGGAGAGCGCGGUGCGGCUUCUGACAAAGCUGGAAUUACUGGACACGGCUGUGGGCUUCGCCUGUGACUCGGGACAAUUCGACUUUGCCAUGGAUUUGUGUCGCCUCGCCGGCAAGUCAACGGAUGAGGUGCAUCUGAAGAUUGCCAUGUCUCUGGAGGAUGAGGGCAAGUUCGAUCAGGCCGAGGAGGAAUUUCUGAAAGCACACAAACCCAAGGAGGCCAUUCUUAUGUACACACAUGCCGGCGACUGGAAAUCGGCCCUCAAUGUGGCCGAAUCACAUCUGCCAGAGGCUGUUAGCGAGGUGCUCAUUGGUCAAGCGUCAGCGGCGCUGGAGACACGAAACUAUAAGGACUACGAGGCACUACUGUUGCGGGCUCAGCGACCCGAUCUCAUUAUUGACUAUUAUAAAAAGGAAUCGCUGUUUGAAGAUGCUCUACGAAUUGCCGAGGAACAUUAUCCUGCUGCUAUGAACGAUCUCAAGCGCUUGCAGGCUCAUGAGCAGCGACGCAGUGAUGGCUCCAGCGGAAAUUCCCGCACAGACGACUCACGAGCCUACCUACAGAAAGCGGCCGAGUUUGCGAAGCGCGAGGACUUCCGCAAAGCAGCAGAAUGUUUGAUGCAAAUUGAUGAAUCCAAUGCCGAGGAUGCACCAACGGUGGAACGGGCUUUACUUCGGGCCGCCGAGAUAUGCAAUCAGUUUCUGGAGGGCAAGGAUGCUAGUGAGGUGGCUGUAGCACUAGGACCGCGCCUUAUUCAAAUCAAGCAGGUCGGACCAGCUGCUCAACUAUAUUUGGCGGCCGAUAUGCCCAAAGAGGCCGUCGACGUGUUUAUAAAUGCCGAGCAGUGGUCGAAGGCGCGACGUCUCGCCAAGGAGAUCGACCCCGAGCUGCUCACCUAUGUGGAGCAGCAGCAAAAAAUGCGUCUCAAGAAUGAGGGUAAUCUGGAUUUGUUGGCGGACAUCGAUAUAAUUAGCGCCUUGGACUUGCUGGCGGAGCAGGGCCAGUGGCAGCGCUGUCUGGAGAAGGCCCAGCAACUGAAUGCAUCCGUUCUGCAGAAAUAUGUCGCUCUAUAUGCCGCACAGCUCAUACGUGACGGUAACUGCAUCAGUGCUCUGAAACUCUAUUUGAGCUAUGGAGCGCCGCCCAUAGAGGCACAUUUCAACAUCUACUUGCGCAUAGCCCUGGACUGUUUCGCGUUGCGCGAGGAACAAGCGGCGGAUGAUGUUUGGCGGCAAUUGCGUGACUUUCUGUACAAACUUCUGCAAUCUUUGCAAGCUUCGGAACAUGCCCAGGCCGCGUUCAUUGGCAAUGCCAGCCGAUAUCUGCUCAUUGCCCAUUACUAUGCCACACGGGCUGCUUGUCGGCCGGUUCCAUCGCUUCAACCGGUGGCUGUGCGUCUUUCCAUUGCCUUGCUGCGCCACACGGAUGUGUUGCCUGUGGACAAAGGCUACUAUGAGGCUGGAAUGGACUUGCGACAGGCGGGCCGGGAGCCAGAGGCUUUUGUCAUCCUCAACCAUUAUCUGGAUGUCUGCGAUGCUAUCGAGGAGGGCUCAGGCAAUCUGGUCGAUCACAGCGAUCUGACUGCAACAGAUUUUCCCAGCUCUGUGCCGCUGCCCGAAGAUAUACAUCUGAAGAACAGCACGGAUCUGCAUGAGGAGGUGCGUGAAUGGGUGCUGGCCGUCAGCAUGGAUCAGCAGGUGGAUCAGGUGCUCCCCACCGAUGAUCGGGGCCUUUACGAAUCUACCUUGGCGCCCAACGACACAGCCUGCCUGCUCAGCGGCUAUCCGGUACGUGGACGCCAGCCGGUAACGUUCAAAGCCUCAUCCAGCAUGGUUAAUCGCGAUGUGUGGAGCAAAUUCUCGGUGGCUGUGAAAAUGGCGCCGACCAGCGGCGUUGCCGAUGUCAUUAGCUUUACGGAAAAGUGGCACGGCGCGGCCAAUUAUGUGAUGCACUAAGACGAAACGAAAUUGUGUUCCUUUCUU